CUUCCCCAGCCACCUCCCCUCCCCCCACCCCAGACCUGGACCCCAACCCAGACCCCAGCCAUCGCUUCACUGAGGAGGAGCAGUAUGUGAGCGAGGGGGAGUGCUUACAGCCUGAAGUAAACCGGGCGCCGCCCCCCUGCCGGGACGCCGAAACAAUCACAGAUGUGUGCAACAGCACCGAUCUGCCGGAGUUUGAGAUCAUCAGUCUUCUGGAGGAGCAGCUGCCGGUGUACCGGCUCCGGGCCGACACCGUCUAUGGCUAUGACAACGAUGACUGGCUGCACACUCCUCUGGUCGCAUCGGAUGCCAGCUUGGAACUGACCUCAGAGCAGAUCGAGGAGACUCUCAAAUACUUCCUGCUAUGUGCGGACAGGGUGGGCCAGAUGACGAAGACCUACAAUGACAUCGACGCUGUCACACGUUUGUUGGAGGAGAAAGAACGAGAUCUGGAGCUGGCUGCAAAGAUCGGUCAGUCGCUUCUCAAGAAGAAUCGAACUCUGACCGAACAGAAUGACUACCUGGAGGAACAAGUGGGACAAAUCACAGAGGAGGUGGCCCAGCUUCACCACGAGCUGAACCUGAAGGAUGAGCUGCUGCAGUUUUACACCAACGCGGUGGAGGAGAGUGAGGACGAGUCCAGCAGCUCCCCCACAGAUAAGAAGAUCAAAGCAGAAACUGCCUCAGGCGGCUUUGUGAGCAACACCCUGCAGAGGCAGCUGAAGGACUUGGAAGAGGAGAACCUGUCGCUGCGCUCUGAGGCCAACCACCUGAAGACUGAGACGGAAACGUAUGAGGAGAAAGAGCAGCAGCUCGUCAGCGACUGUGUCAAAGAACUACGGCUGUCCAGCCUGCAAAUCUCCGUCAUAGCCGAGGAGCUGGCUCGUAAAACUGAGGAUGCAUCCCGGCAGCAGGAGGAGAUAACGCACCUCCUCUCUCAGAUAGUAGAUCUGCAGAAAAAGGCCAAAUCCUACGCUGUGGAAAAUGAGGAGCUCUCCCAACAUCUGCUGGCAGCUAAAGACGCUCAGAGGCAGCUCACCGCAGAGCUGCAGGAGCUGGAGGAGAAGUACUCGGAGUGUAUCGAGAUGCUGCAUGAAGCUCAGGAGGAGCUGAAGAACCUGAGGAACAGAAGCUACCCCGCAGGGACGCCUCGACGCUAUCACCCUCUGGGGCUGUUCCCAAUGGAUUCUCUGGCUGCUGAGAUUGAGGGAACAAUGAGGAAGGAGCUGAGCCUUGAGGACCCGGAGUGUGAAGAACAGAAGAUUCAUCGGAAGCGCGUUUUCGAGACGGUGAAGAACAUAAACCAGGCGGUGCGUCAGCGCUCUGAGACUCCAACCGGCAUCCCAGGCUCAAACCAGUCCCUGUCGGCACGAACGUCGCCCCAGUCCAGCGGGCACUCCACGCCCCACUCCUCUGUGUACGGCGGGGACAUCAGCGGAGACGGGGUUACCCUUGACAACCGAACGCAGAGCAUCCUCAUGGAGACAGCGUCCAACCAGGACAGUGCAAAGAACCUGGACAAGAAGACGAGCGGCGCCGAGGACCUUCGGGUAGCCCUGCGCCGCCUCUCUCUGCGCCGCCAGAACAACCUGAGCGAGAGGCGCUUCUUUGAGGAGGAGCGAGAGAGGCGGCAAGGAGGACAGGUGGGGCUGCAGGAGAGCGUCCUGACCCCGUCCGACAGCAUCAUGUCCCUGGGGAACCUCCACCUGUGGGCCUCGCGGGGGCCCUACCUCCCAGACAAGCUCCAGAUUGUGAAGCCGCUUGAAGGGUCCGCCACGCUGCACCACUGGCAGCAGUUAGCGCAGCCUCACCUCGGGGUGAUUCUGGACGCCAGGCCAGGAGUCGUUCCCAAAGGUUACAGACCCCUGGAGCUGGAGCUGGAACAGGUGCAGCCGUGGGGCGGCUUGGAGGAGGACGAACCCGGAGAGCAGUACUUUCAGAACCUGCCCACCUCAUCAGCUUCAGUCUCUCCAGCCAUGCCCCCCUCUUCUGACCCGACUGAGACCAGCUCAGGGCAGCCUCCACCUCGCCUCGCUCCUCCUUCUCCAGCAUCCCCAUCGCCGUCGCCUCAUCUCAGCAACACAGAUGCACUGGCUGCAUACUUCCCCGGCAAAUGUAUGCCUCACACCAGCUCCACCUACACCUUCACCACCUGCCGGAUUCUCCACCCAACAGACGAGCAGACGCAGGUCACGCCCAGUCUGAAUCCAACUCCUGCCGCCUCCUCCUGUGUGAUGACCAGCUCGUUGUUGGCCACGCCCACUGGCACUCCCUGCACUCCGCGCAGACUCAGCCUCCGCCCGUCUGAGUCCUCAACAAACCUCAGAGAUGCAACUCGCACCACCAGCACCUCACUGGGUUUGGUUCGUCUGCUCCAGGAGAGGGGCAUCUCUGCAGCCAUGUACCACCAGAGCCAGGAGCACAGUCAGGGAGGUGGAGGAGUCCUGCUCAGCACCUCCGUCGCUCCAAUCCGAGCACCCAACCCUGACUUUCUGCGUCCCCCCACCCCUCCGAGCUCCCCCACCCGGCCGGCCAUCUCAGCUGCCUCCUCCAGCGGGUUCGACUUCAAAAGCCCCUCUUAUGACAACUUCCUCGCAUCCAAGCCGGCUCGAUCCAUCCUGAAGGAAGUGACGGGGGGGGCACGAGGCAGACAGAGAGGGCGGGACUGUGAGAGCCAGACGGAUGUCAGUGUAAGCGUCCAUAACCUCAACCUGCUGGACAAGGUGAAGCGCCUAGGAGUGGCGGGGGCUCCAGGGGGCAGGGCCAUGAGUCCCGGGCCCAUACUAGGGCCGUUGGGGGGGCUCCGCAGGUCGAGCUCGCCUUUUGCUCCGGACAGAAUGAGGAGGAACAGAAGUUACCCAGCCAUGGUGUCAGCCAGCAUGGCUAUGAAAGGCCCGGGGCCACAGCCGUAGCCUGGACCUCCUCUGGCUGUGAGGACAGCCAGGAAGGUGAGGAGGAACCGAAACGUGGACUGACAAAGAGCUCCAUGUGACACCACCAACCCCCACAUCAUACUCCAACUACACAAAAACAAACACAGGGUAGGAGUCAUUGACUGUAUAUGGGAGCUGGAGUGAGAGAGUGAGUCUGACGUUAUCCAUAGAAAAUGUCAGACUUCUGACUCCAACAAAAGGAAGUUUUCUACAGUACGGAUGCCGCCAUAUUGGAGCCAGACAACAUCAGUAACCAGUAAUUGGUCCGAGUUGGUCUGAGUCAUCGUUUCUAUGGCAACUGCUCUCACCAGUCGGGAGUGAGCUUGUUGGUAGGCUACACCCCCUACCACUUAAAAGUGGGCUACACAAAAUCUGUCAAUCAAAGGUUUUGAACGUUGGAUGUGAGACCACCUGCUGGGGGGUCACUCUAUCCAGUUCUCGUGCAGUCAGUGGUCGUAACCCUGAAAAUCUCAACCCUUUCUAGGGUAGUUUUGCUUUUGUGUGCUCAGAUUUUAGAAAACCUUGUGUGUGUGUGUGUGUUUUUUCUUUUUUUUUCAGUGUUAAGCAAUCAAACAUGAAAUGUUCAGACGCUGUUACUGAUAUGUACUGAGAAAAUCCAAUCAUGCUGCUCAAAAAUCAAACUCUUGCUGUGGAUUAUUUCACAAACCUGCUGGGGAAACUGAAACCACUCGUUAGCUUUUGCUUCAGAAGCACAAAAGUUAGUCAACCUCCUUUUUUCUGUGUAAAUAAUCAAAAUUAAAAGUGUUACUUUUAGUGUUAGCAUACAAAUUUCCACAGAAAAAGAACCCCUCCUCCAAUAAUGCAAUAAUUGCUGUUCCCCCAAAAAAAUCUUUAUUUUAACUACUUUAGGUUUCAAAGGGAAUUUAAAUAUAAGGUCAACUUUAUUGGUAGCUGAGUUUUCACACAAAUCCCAUUCAUGUUACUGAAAUGAAAUUUGCCUUCUCCUUUUUUCUGCCAGCAGAGGUCCCUGUACAUUCAAUGCAGAUUGUAAGUUUUGAAUCUUUAGACAGAAAGAAAGCAAAUUUUAUUUUGAAAUCCCCAUUUCUGUUCUCCACCUGGCACUGUUUCUUCUUCUGUGGUGCCAUAAUUGUCAAUGCUUCUGGCAUGAAAAUGUUUUGUUUCAAAUGUGCACUCAACGGUACAGGUUUUAUUUUGUCCUUGUUUAUUGUUUUGUUUUGCUUGUUAUUAUUUCUUUUUUUUGUCAAACUGCAGCUAAUAGCCCCUUAGCAAAAAAGUACACUUGAAAUAAGUAUAAGUAAAAGUAUACUUUAGAUCAUAUAUGUGUAGUGGAAGUACCGUAUAGAUAAAUACUUCUUCAGAUUCAAGUGGAACAUUUUAAGUUUACAAUAUAAAGAUAAAAUGUGUACUUCAAGUAUAGUGCCUUACUUUUAUUAUAGACUAAGUAUACUUGUAGUACACUUAAAGAGAGUACUUUUUGCUAAGGGGUGAAAAAGUUGUGUGUUCAUCAUAAAGUUUGCUUUAGUGUCGCGUCUUAUCAUAGCAGAAGCUAAAGGUGACGGCAACACAAGAUUUCUGCAAUUACCAGAAACACACAAAAUCAUCUCAACUAGCUGCUGUGACCUCUAAUAAUUCCAAAACUGAUUAGAUGCAAUCUGGGACCUUCUGAGGGGUUGAUCUAAGGCCAAGAUUUUUUUCAGACUCGAUUCACUAUGUAUUUUAUGCUGAUUUCAAGCAGCAUGGCUCCAUUUUCUAUCUUUUAGCAAAUGUAGGAAGUAUUUCUGCAUUACCUAAACCUUUCAAAAUAAGAGGAUUCUCAAUUUUGCUGAACACAGGGAGGCCUAACCUUUGCACACAACUGUAAAACAUUAGCAUGUUACCAUCAUAAAUAAAUAAGGUGCCAUUUGGAGCAUGUUAGCUGCUGUUGUUGGAUGCAGAUGGGCUGCUGAAACCUCAGACACUGUGGAGUUCAUUUAAUCUCUCAGAGCUACUCUGCUGGCUAGACGUUGCUCUCCUGCUCGCCAUUAUUCUCCAUUUUGCUCUGAUUGGCUGCGUAGCUUCGGUAGCAAAAAUCUCUGCCUUUUUUUUACAGCUGAAAUACAAUUUUAUAAUGUAAAUAUUGUGAGAUUAUUAUUUGUUUUGGAGGAAACGAAGGUAAAGUGUCUCACAGAGAUGAGGACUUUAGACUCAAAGUUAACUGGAUCUGACAGGAGAGGACCAGAACUGGAUUUUUUAAACGUUCAUUUGAUUCUUGCCUCUUGGACAUCACAGUGAGAUCUAACAAGCGCUAAAUCUUUGUUCCUGCCCUUCAUUGCAGAUAAAAGCCUGACUGUUAUAGUGAACCGUCAUUAUUUACCAAUAAGACGACUCCAGACUUGAACCUUUUGGUGUCGCUGGUCCACCUCGUUCCUCCUUAAAGACGUUUCCUAAAAGCAUCAAACAUGCUUGAGCUUUGUUUACUACUUUCACACACUGGUGGCAGCUCAGCUGCCAAACACUGUUCCCAACCUUCCACCAGAGGCAAGGUGGGGUUUGGUGUCUUGCUCAAGGACACUUUGACACAUGGCAGGAAUCAAACUCCGAUCAGAGGCCGACCGCCCUACCGCUGCACCACGGUGGGUGGUAGGUAGUGAUUGGUUUGAUGAGUUUCCAAUGAACUGAACAGAUCAAUACCCAAAGAGGAGCUGGUCAGAAGAUGUAGAGGUUUUUUCCUGAAGCUUUCCUCUAAAGACCCACUCUGCUGAAAAUGAUGUUUUUGGUGUGUUUAACAUGUUCUUGUGGCAUUUUUCUGAUGACUGAGGAUAUAAAGAAAACUAAGCUUCAAAUUGCAUUUCUGAGUAUUUCUUUGUUCAAAUCAGGAAUCGGGAGCAGACAAGAAAUGCAGAAUUUGUUGGGUUGGGGUUGUGAGGGGCUGUAAAAUAGCGGGAGAGGGUUUAAACAGGUAGGUGAUGGAAGGUGGGAGCGGGUUUACUCCGAGACCCGCCCAUAACUCAAAGGUGAAUUUCUAAUGAACUCCUGCUGCUCUGCAGAAACUAUGUCCUAGAAAAUGACACAGGUUUUUCAAUUUUGGUUAAAAAUGACAAUCAUAAUAAAAAGAACGCUGGGAACGCUUUGAAAAGAUUAGAUCAAAAGAUUAUCGGAGUGGGACUUUGAGAAACCUUAAGCUCAUGAAGUGGCCAUGACCAGACUUGCCUGUAUUUAUAUGAAGUUAUUGGUUUGUAAACAUGUAUGUUGUUCUGCACACUCCACAUUAUAGUCAUAUCCACUGAAAUACCAUAAAGACGCUUUUAAAGGAAUUCCUGUAAAAACGGAGAAAGCAUGUUAUCAGGGUCUUUUCAAAAUAAACGUCAUCAAAUCUUA